AACCGUGGUUUGGCUUCAUACGUGUGAUUGCAUAUAUAAUAUAGCUCAGUUAGCCAGUGAUUUCUUAAAGUGCGCCCUCUGCAGGUGAAUAAUGUCAGUACACGUACGUAUCAUCACGUUGGUAUACAGCGUACGGUACGGUAUGUUACCGUCAGUAACCGAGUCCUGCGGUCAUCGUGUUCUCCGUUCUUACCUUCCCUGUACUUUAUUUUGGCAGCAGAAUCUGUCGAACAUUGCACAGCACAGGACACCAGCACUCCCCGUUUAUGUCUAAUGCUGAGCUGUUCCACCUUUAUGGUUCAGGAUACUUCAGCACAUUUGCACACUUGGCCCAUGAAUUGAAUUGGCUCUUCUACAAUGCAACAGCCACAGUGCUCCUGUGGGCUUCAGUGGAAUACCUGUGACUCGUAGGUGGCUAGCCAGACUGAAAUGUCAGAGCCAACGUCAUGGCAUUAAUGCAGGUACGACCCAACUACAAACUCAUCAGUGUCUUGGUGGUUGUUGCGUUGACACUGUUUCUUGUCUUCACCUCUAUGUACAACGGAGGCACAACGGGAAGGGCUUCCCUACCCGGACACAAGGCACUCCUCAGCAGCACACGCGGUUGGCAGGCUGGCAGUCUUCCGAUGCUUAGCAGUGACGACGUCGCCUGGAGCGAACUGUUCCAGGAAUCGCUAGUAAAGAAUGACUUUUACGGGGUGAUGUUCGAUGCAGGCAGUACUGGCUCGAGAGUACACAUUUUUCACUUUCAAAAUGAUUUUAACGGGGGUCCGCCAGUACUAAUUGCAGAGGUGUUCAAUAAGACAGAGCACGGCCUGGGUGAAUUUGCUGACAGUCCACAAAAGGCAGUGGAGAGUGUGCGGGGUCUGCUCAACGUAGCCACAGAAUCAAUCCCAUCAGAGUUCUGGGCAUCGACCCCUGUGGCUCUGAAGGCCACAGCCGGACUGAGACUUCUGCCCUUAGACAAAGCCCAGUCCCUACUGGAUGCUGUGUAUCAGUUAUUUGUACAGUCGCCAUUUCUAGUUGACACCCAAAAUAAUACUGUCACUAUUAUCGAUGGGAUCCACGAAGGAGAAUACAUUUGGUUCACCGUCAAUUUUCUGAGAGGGAUUCUUGGGACACAAGAUCAUUCUUCUAACACCAUGGGAGUGCUGGACCUGGGGGGAGGGUCAACUCAAAUCACGUUUGCGCCCAGACACCAGGAGACCAUUGAUGAGGGAAUGCCGCUGGGCUUAAUCAAGCAGUUCAAGUUCAGGGAAGAGACCUUCCAGCUGUACACGCACAGUUAUCUUGGCCUUGGCCUGAAGGAAGCUCGACUCGAGACCUUAAGGCUUGAACAACAGAUGAUGGCUUCAGUACCUUCAAGUACCCAGGCCCACAGAGAUUCAGACACCAACUGGGCCACCGUCUGCCUGCCGCCAAAUGCUGAAGCGUCGUGGGAAUUUGCUGGCGUGACUCACGUGACCAAGUCCGCCAAUGGCCCAGAGGUGACAGACACUUUCACCCCUUGUGCUGACUUGACCAAAAGGUUCAUGGGAGACAAGGUCUACCGGCCAAAGGAGAUAGCCAAUCGUACCUUUUACUCUUCCUCUUACUUCCUUGGGAAGAGCGUUGAGAGUGGUCUGAUAACAAGGGAGUUCGGAGGUAUUGUUCGCGUGAAAGAAUUUACACGGGUAGCAAAAGAAGCCUGCAGAUCUUUUGAUGCAAGUAAUCCAUUUCUGUGUAUGGACCUGGUCUACAUACAUACGUUACUCAGGCAUGGCUAUGAUUUCAAAGCUGAAACAGAACUAGUGAUGAAUGAAAGGAUCCGUGGCUUUGAGAUCAGCUGGGCGCUAGGGGCAACUAUAGACCUGCUGCAUUCACACUGGGACAAGUAUCAAAAGUCAGGCAAUUUGUGACGACGCACACACCAGGACUAGAAAAGCACAUUUUGUGUUGGCUCACUAGAUUUUCUAAAUACUUCUAUGGUUUCUUAUGUGAUACUGUAAAUUUCAGUUCCACAUUUUAUUUAGAAUUUUUAUACUAGUCAAAAAUCUGGAAAAAAUACUUUAAAGUGUAUUAACCACUUCCUGCGGGAGCAGAUAUCAAUGUUGAUGUUGCGGGGCCGGGAUAUUUAUCAUUUUUUUCUUUUUUCAAAAUUCUUUAAAAAUUCCUAUCUUCAUUUACUGGACGCUUACA